UGUAGUCAGCAGACAUACCCGUAACCAUCAGCUCGAGGUAGGUUAUGCCACGUCGGCCAUAUUGACGGGAUAAACCUUGAACAUUCUCAUCUUUGAUCAUCUUUUUUGGCUUCAAAAUGCCUCUUCGACUUGAUAUCAAGCGUAAACUMUCUGCUCGUUCAGACCGAGUCAAGUCUGUAGAUCUUCACCCUACAGAACCAUGGAUGCUGGCUAGUUUAUACAAUGGAAAUGUCCAUAUAUGGAACUUUGAAUCACAAACUCUUAUCAAGACGUUUGAAGUCACUGACUUGCCAGUGAGAGUAUCCAGGUUUGUYCCCAGGAAAAACUGGGUUCUGACUGGUUCAGAUGACAUGAUGCUAAGGGUUUUCAACUAUAACACUCUUGAGAAGGUCCAUGGUUUUGAAGCACAUUCAGAUUACUUGAGAUGCAUUGCUGUACAUCCUACACAGCCCUACGCCUUGACCAGUAGUGAUGAUAUGCUCAUCAAGCUGUGGGACUGGGACAAGAAAUGGCARUGCACUCAAGUAUUUGAGGGCCAUACUCAUUACGUCAUGCAUAUAGUCAUUAACCCUAAGGAUAAUAACCAGUUUGCAAGUGCUUCCCUCGACAGAACUAUCAAGGUAUGGCAGCUUGGUUCUCCAACACCUAACUUCACUCUUGAGGGCCAUGAAAAGGGUGUCAAUACUGUGGACUACUUUCAUGGUGGAGAGAAGCCAUACUUGAUCUCAGGUGCUGAUGACAGGCUUGUUAAAAUUUGGGAUUAUCAGAACAAGACAUGUGUGCAAACACUGGAAGGUCAUGCACAGAAUAUCUCCUGUGUUGGCUUCCAUCCUGAGCUCCCCAUCAUCCUAACUGGCUCAGAAGAUGGUACUGUGCGUGUGUGGCAUGCCAAUACCUAUCGUUUAGAGAGCACUUUAAACUAUGGCCUGGAGAGAGUAUGGGCCAUAGCCAUGAUGAAAGGUUCCAAUAAUGUUGCCCUGGGUUAUGACGAGGGUAGUAUGCUUAUCAAGCUUGGGCGUGAAGAGCCAGCCAUGUCCAUGGACACUAAUGGCAAGAUCAUAUUUGCCAAACACAGUGAAAUCCAACAAGCAAAUCUCAAGAAUCUAACAGAUGAUGAUAUCAAGGAUGGGGAGCGUCUGUCUUUAUCUAUCAAGGACAUGGGAUCUUGUGAGAUAUUCCCCCAGACUAUUUCUCAUAAUCCAAAUGGAAGGUUCGUAGUUGUUUGUGGAGAUGGAGAGUACAUUAUAUACACAGCUAUGGCUUUAAGAAACAAGAGYUUUGGCUCUGCACAAGAAUUUGUUUGGGCUUCAGACUCCUCUGAAUAUGGUAUCAGAGAUGGCAACAAAAUUAAGAUUUUCAAGAAUUUUAAAGAAAAGAGAUCAUUCAAACCAGAGUAUGGUGCAGAAGGUAUUUUUGGUGGAUACUUACUUGGUGUAAGAUCUGCUGGAGGAUUGUCAUUCUACAACUGGGAGAAUAAUGAAAUGUUGAGAAGAAUUGAGAUCCAUCCUAAAAAUGCCAAUGUACCUGCUUGGAUAUAUUCCUAAAGACAGUAAAUUGUAUCUAGCAGAUAAAGACAUGACUGUUGUUAGUUACUCUCUCUUACURUCUGUCCUUGAGUAUCAGACAGCUGUAAUGAGAGAAGACUUUGACACAGCAAAACAGGUCUUGCCUACGAUCCCAAGAGACCAAAGAAAUCGUGUUGCUCAUUUCCUUGAAAAGCAAGGAUUCAAGCAGCAGGCAUUGGCGGUAUCAUGUGAUCCAGAACACAGAUUCGAGUUGGCUGUUCAUCUUGGUGAACUGAGGACUGCUUACGAGAUCGCUGUUGAAUCUGAGAGCGAACGAAAAUGGAAGCAGUUAGCAGAAUUAGCUAUAUCAAAAUGCCAGAUCCAGUUAGCACAAGAGUGCCUGCACCAUGCACAGGACUUUGGGGGUUUGUUAUUGCUUGCCACAUCAUCUGGGGAUGCAGAUAUGAUCUCAAGACUCGCCAUCACAGCAGCAAAGAAAGGAAAGAAUAAUGUGGCGUUCCUGGCUUACUUCGUUCUUGGACGGGUGGAAGAAUGCCUGGAUUUAUUGUGCAGCACUGAUCGGUAUCCAGAAGCUGCCUUCAUGGCCAGGACCUACGCACCCAGUCACGUGUCCCGAAUUGUGAAAUUAUGGAAAGAAGACCUCGAGAAAGUCAACAAGAAAGCGGCUGAGUCUCUAGCUGAUCCAUCAGAGUAUGAAAAUCUGUUUCCCGAGUUCCAAGAAGCAGUCAUGGCAGAGAAGUUCUUGAAACAGGAGAGGAUGAGCCUYAAGCCUGCUAUGCAAUACAAAAACGUACCGAAUAAUUGCGAAAGAGAUGUUUUCCAGGAGAUUAAGGCUGCUCAGGAGAAUGGAACUUUUGACGCACUUGUUUCAGCAGCAGAUGGCUUGAGGAUUGCAGACCUGGAGGAAGAGAUGAAUAACGUUGAUACACAACCUCCUAUAUUCAGUGUUCCACCUGAACCAACACAACCUAGGCCUGCGCCACCACCCCAGGCCGCACCUUUAGUGGCAGAGCCUGCGCCAGAGCCACCCUCGCCAUCAUCGUCCAAUGAAGUAAAUCUACCUUCAAGUACAAAUAAACCAUUGCCUACUGAUGAUAAGGAUGAUUUCAAUUUUGAUGACGAUGACUUAAUGGACGACGAUGAUCUCCUAGAUGAUUAGAUGAAUUUAUYGAUAUUACAGUUCUUUGGGAUAUUAAUCAGUUUACUCUAAGAAUCACUYUAGGCCUUUUAGUGUAGUGACGUACAAAAUAAAAAUCAGAUUUCUUUAAAGAGGGAAAAGAACUUCCGGUAUACAAGCACACUUUGAUGAACAGAAAACAUUUGUGAGCCAUUUAUGUUCGUUUUGUCAAAUUGUCAUCAAAUACCUUCAGAAAUGCCAGUUUGAUUUUUUUCUCUCCCAAAACCCCGUUAGCUACAUACAGUAUAUGAAUGAUCAAAACAAAAUAAACGACAGCUAAUUGGAAGUAAUUCAAAAAUUAUAUAAUACAGGUCUAAAAAGCGUUUUAAAACUAGUCCUUAUGUAUGUUAAAUGUAUAUUAAAUACAAAGAAAUACUAAUAAAUAUAGAGUGGUAUAC